AUGAGCAAAGAAAAACAACAACACUCACUUUCAUCUCUUGAAAAAGCUCUUGGAAUUCUACAACAAUCACUUCCUCCCAAUCAUCCUGAUUUGGCUUCUUCCUACAGUAACAUUGGUUUGGUGUAUAAAGACAUAGGCGACUAUCCAAAAGCACUUUCAUCUUAUGAAAAAGCUCUUGAAAUUCAACAACAAUCACUACCUUCCAAUCUUCCUGAUUUGGCUAAAUCCUACAGUAACAUUGGUAAUGUGCAUACCAAGAUGGGUAAUUAUCGAGAAGCCCGUACAUCUUAUGAACAUGCUAUACAAAUUGCACAACAAACAUUACCUUCAAAUCAUCCUGAUGCUUAA